UGUUGCGCGAUGGCCCCGACAGCUAGGACUGGAGGGGAAGAGCCUGUGCUAGGUCUUCGGCCUCUCGCUGGUCUUGCUUGGGUCGACUCCUGAAGGGCCUAGGCUCCCGCCUCGGGCCCGGAAGGAGCCCGCGAGUUCCCUGCGGGUCAGUGGAAACUGUCCCGUUCGCGGAGAUGCCAUACCUUGGCUCUGAGGACGUGGUGAAGGAACUGAAGAAGGCCCUGUGUAACCCUCACAUUCAGGCUGAUAGGCCGCGCUACCGGAAUGUCAUCCAGCGAGUUAUUAGGCACAUGACUCAGGGCUUGGACAUGUCUGGUGUUUUCAUGGAAAUGGUGAAGGCCAGUGCCACUGUAGAUAUUGUUCAGAAAAAGUUGGUGUAUCUGUAUAUGGGCACAUAUGCGCCUUUGAAACCGGAUCUGGCACUCUUGGCCAUCAAUACACUCUGCAAAGACUGCUCAGAUCCCAACCCGAUGGUGCGAGGGCUGGCACUACGGAGCAUGUGCAGCCUCAGAAUGCCUGGUGUGCAGGAAUAUAUCCAACAACCUGUCCUUAAUGGUUUGCGGGAUAAGGCUUCAUAUGUCAGAAGAGUAGCCGUCCUUGGCUGUGCCAGGAUGCACAAUCUUCAUGGGGACUCUGAAGUAGAUGGUGCUCUAGUCAAUGAAUUAUACAGUCUUCUGCGUGACCAGGAUCCAAUUGUGGUUGUGAACUGUCUGAGGUCUCUAGAGGAAAUUUUAAAACAGGAAGGAGGUGUUGUCAUUAAUAAGCCCAUUGCCCACCAUCUCUUAAAUAGAAUGUCAAAACUGGACCAGUGGGGUCAGGCUGAAGUAUUGAACUUUCUGCUCCGCUACCAACCCCGCAGUGAGGAGGAACUGUUUGAUAUUCUCAAUUUAUUGGACAGCUAUCUCAAGAGCAGCAGCACAGGCGUGGUGAUGGGAGCUACCAAACUCUUUCUGAUUUUGGCAAAAAAGUUCCCCCACGUACAAACUGAUGUGCUUGUACGUGUCAAGGGACCCUUGCUAGCUGCCUGUUCUUCAGAGAGCCGGGAGCUCUGUUUUGCUGCUCUCUGUCAUAUUCGCCAGGUAUUGCAUAGUUUGCCAGGCCACUUUAGCAGUCACUACAAAAAGUUCUUUUGUUCUUACUCGGAGCCCCACUAUAUCAAGCUACAGAAGGUAGAGAUACUGUGUGAGCUGGUGAAUGAUGAGAAUGUGCAGCAGGUGCUAGAGGAGCUUCGAGGAUACUGCACUGAUGUGUCUGCUGACUUUUCACAGGCUGCAAUCUUUGCCAUAGGUAGCAUUGCCAAGACUUACACAGACCAAUGUGUGCAGAUUCUAACAGAGUUGCUAGGACUUCGGCAAGAACACAUUACUACAGUGGUGGUGCAGACUUUCCGAGACCUGGUUUGGUUGUGUCCUCAGUGUACUGAAGCUGUGUGUCAGGCCCUGCCCGGCUGUGAGGAGAACAUUCAAGACAGUGAGGGGAAACAGGCACUUAUUUGGUUACUUGGGGUCCAUGGGGAAAAAAUCCCCAAUGCUCCUUAUGUGUUGGAGGACUUUGUAGAAAAUGUGAAGUCAGAGACAUUUCCUGCUGUUAAAAUGGAGCUCCUGACUGCACUGAUGCGCCUUUUCAUCUCGCGCCCUGCUGAGUGCCAGGACAUGCUGGGGCGUCUAUUACAUUACUGCAUAGAGGAAGAAAAGGAUAUGGCUGUGCGAGACCGAGGUCUCUUCUAUUACCGCCUCCUGUUAGUUGGCAUUGAUAAAGUUAAGCAGAUCCUGUGUAGUCCUAAAUCUGACCCUUCUCUUGGACUUUUGGAGGAUCAGCCAGAACGACCUGUGAAUAGCUGGGCUUCAGACUUCAACACACUGGCGCCAGUGUAUGGCAAAGCCUACUGGGCAGCUAUCUCUAAAUGCCGGAAGGUAGAGCGGCUUGAGCUUCCUCCCAGUGCAUCCUUAGCCUCAUCAGGACACUUGGUUUCUGAAGAGAACAAAGAAGAGGUACAAGAGCCUCCUGAUUCUGAAGCUCUCAUGCUGGUCCCCAAUCUCCAGCUUACCGCUGAGUACUUUGAGAAAACAUGGCUUAGCCUCAAAGUUACUCAUCAGCAGGCAUUUCCUUGGCAGGGAGAAGUCCAGCCUGACACUCUGCAAAUGGCCCUAAAAGUAGUAAAUAUUCAGACCAUCGCAAUGAGCAGGGCUGGGGCACAGCCCUGGAAAGCCUACCUCAGUGCUCAGGAUGACACUGGUUGUCUCUUCUUAACUGAAUUGCUGUUGAAGCCUGAGAACUCAGAAAUGCAAAUCUCUGUGAAACAGAGUGAGGCAAGGACUGAAACACUCCGUGGUUUUGUUUCUGUCUUAGAAACUGUGAUUGGAACAAUUGGACACAUAAACUCUUAAGUUUUUCUGCUUGCCUUGAACGAGAUGAACAGCUGCCAGAGUUCCUUCAUUUCCCUGUAAAACUGAUUCUAAGUCCACGUAUCAAAUGCAAGAGAACGGAAAGUCUGGGGAUCCUGGCUCUUUUGUUUACCCAAAGUUUAUGUUUACCCUUGUUUUCUUCAAGCCUGUCAGAGAUUGGUCCCAUUUUAAAAGGAGAAUAUUUGCAGCAGUGUUGCUAAGGGAUAAGGAUGGGAUGAAGGUAGGCUGCGGAUAGUUCUCUAAUCAUUUUAUGGUUGAAUUAUUUAUUAAAUAUGCCUAUCGCUUGUGGAAAUUGGUAGCUAUCAUCGUUUCUGAGAGUCUGUUUUUCUUCAGUAAACUGUUUCUAUAUUUCCAGGCAAGCUUUUUAGGCUAGGAUUCAGCAGUCCUUCAUGUAUCAUGUAAAGUACUUCUUCAGUGUCAUGGCUCACCACUCCUGAAGCUCUCUCUUUUCUUAGAGAGUGGUUUACCAAAGAAGAAAACAGAUUUUUUGCAGUUCUCUGAGGACCCUUUCAUAUCCAGGCCUAAACAUCUAUAUUUCCUGCCUAGAGCAGUUCUUCACUGUCAUGUCUCAACACACAGUGUAUCUCUCUUAGAUGUGAGCUCUUUGAGGACAUUUUGUUUUUCUUUGAUACUCAAUGUCUUCAUUAGGGAUCUUUAUUCAAACUGUCAAAGCUGCCAUACAGGAAUGUUGGAUUUUAGGGUUUUUUUUCUAUGCCCACUCCCAAAUAAGGAGAGGGAGACCUAUUACAUUUAUUGAUAAGCUUUAGAGCACUAAAGCUGGGCAUAUACUUAUCUGUUUUAACCCAUCUGUACUGUCCUGGCUACUUCCCAGCCCUGUGCCCCGUGCUACUUGCCAUCUAGUCUCAGCUCAGCUGCUCCUGCUCCAUCUUUGUCCUCAUGGCAACUCUUCAUGGCCCAUCACUCUUCCUCCCUCUACUCCCCUGCCCUCUUACCUGGGACCCCAGACUGAAGUCCUGCCUUCUGUCUUCUGUCUUCUCUGCCCACUCAUAGGCUCUUCAGCUUCUUUUAGUAACCAAUCAGAUAAUUGGGCAGUAAUUUUUACACACCUUUGAGAUGAUAGAUUCCUCACUAGCAUUGGUAAUACCAGAAUCUGUUAGCAUUUAGCUGGCUGCCCAUUCAGCAAUUAACAAUUGACUAUUUGGAGACAUCCCUUAAUACAGUGUGAUGAAGGUCACCUCUGCAUAGGAACUGAGGAUGUAGCUCAGUUGAUAGAGUACUUGAUUAGCAUGGACAGACCUCAGGUUCAAUCUACAACACCCGGUAAAAAUGCCUGUAUUCCUAGUGCUCAGGAGUUGGAAGCAGGAUGAUUAGAAGUUCAAGUCAGUAUCAGCUGCCAUGGGGUGUUUGAGGCCAGUCUGGGAUACAUGCGGUAUUAUCAAGAAACAAGAGGAGUCCCGACAAGAUGGUUUAGCAGGUAAGGUGCUUGCUGCCAAGCUUGCAAACCUGAGUUGGAAACCUCCGACCACACUGAAGGAGAGAACCAACUUCUACAUGGUAUUCUCUGACGAUUAUCUACAUAUAUGCCAUGGUACAAAGUAUGUUCCACUGCAUGCAAUACAUGUUUAAAAAUUGUUUUUAAAUGGUCUGGCACAAUGGCUUAGUGGGUAAAGCACCUGUAACCAAGCCUGAUAACCUGAAAUCAAUCCCCAGGAUCCACGUGAUGGAAGGAGAGAACUGGCUCCCCAUGGUUUUUGUCUGACCUCCACUCAUGUACCAUGUCUCAGGUGUGUGCACCCCUCUCACUCGAAUAAUAAGUGUAAGGAAAAAAAUUAAGUUGUUAGCAUACUUCUGGAGUUCUGUUGUCGUUGUUUUCCUUUGCUUCAUGCUCAACUGUUUUAUACGGUGAUAUCACUAAUGCUAUAGACGAAACGGAAAGACAGCGAACUAUAGUAAGACCAAACUAUCCAGAAAAAGGAAAAUAAAACAUCAAUUAAUUCCACUUGGGCCGGAAUGGAAAAAUAGAUGUUCAGAGUAUAAGGGCUGACACAUGAGCUUCAGAUUUGGCUUUAUAAGUGAUUUGGCGUCAGAAUGGAGGGAAGCAUUUAUUAUCAGAUUUUUUAAAAAAUUUCUUACUACAAUUAACUGUGUGUGUGUUUGUGUGCCAUGGUAUGUAUGUGGAGUUGUAUCUGGUAUCUUCAAGGUUGGUAGUAAUUCCCUUUGACCUGCCAUUAGAUUUUUUUUUUUUUUUUUGAGACAAGGUUUCUCUGUGUAGCCUUGGCUUGUUGUGGACUCGCUUUAUAGACCAGGCUGGCCUCAAACUCAUAGAGAUCCUCCUGCCUCUGCCUCCCUGAGCUCUGGGAUUAAAGUCAUGUGCCACCACGCCCACCUGGCUCAGAUUUUAAUUUGUAAGAGAAAUUUACAUGUAGUUCCAUGGCUGACAUGAAGUGACAUGUACAGGAUCCUAUAGGAAGUUAAUGAAGAAUUUCAUAUGAUAGAUUUUCCCUAUGGAAGCAGAGAACAUAGCAAAUUGAGCUCAACGCACAUCUUAUAAAGGGCUUAUGGUAGCAUUUCAUCAUCUACUUAGUUCAUAAAUUGCAUGGUAGGCUUUGUGGUUUUUUGCUUUUUUGAGACAGGGCUUAACUGUCUAGCCCUGUCUGGACCUUGUUAUGUAAACCAUUCUGGCCUCAAACUCAACAGAGAUUCUCCUGCCUUUUCCUCCUAAGUGCUAGGUUUAAAGGCUCAUGCCAUCAAGCCUGGUUACAUUAUCUUAACAGAUAGUUUUUUCGCUCAAGACUUCUCUCAACAGGUUCUUCAUAGAGUGAAUAGUAAAUAGUGUUGAGUUGUUUAAUAAGAAAGGGCCUAUAUUUUGGGAGUUGUUUAUUAAGGAGUCUUCCAGCUGAAUAAUUCUAUGGGUAGUAAAGGUCUUGUUUUUCUUAUGUCUUUAUAGUAGAGUCACCAUAAUAUUUCUUAAUAUUUACUGAAUGAAUGGGUGUAAGUAACUAGACUGGUGGUCUUCUUAGAAGUAUUUAUUUUGUGCAUCUGUGUGUGAGUGUAUGAGUGCUAGGGUGUGUGCAUCUAUGUGUGAGUGUAUGAGUGCUGGGUGUAUGUUUAAAAAUCAAGACAACUUAGGGAAGUCAAUCCUUGCCUUCCAGUAUGUGGGAAACAGGAAUUGAACUUAGGACGUCAGGUUUGACAGCAAGCAGCUUUACUCACUGGACCAUCUUGGUGGCUCCUACACCAAUCAUAUUCUGUGACUGAUGUUUGAAGUAUGUUUUAUUAUAUCUUAUUAACUAUUCAGAAAGUAAUGGAAUUCCAUUUAGGCCAGGAUUGAUUUAAUUGGUUAAUUAAUUAAUGUUCAGUUUUUUUGUUUCGUUUUGAGACUGAGUCUGUGUAGCUCUGGCUGUCCUGAAACUCAUUAUGUUGACCAGGCAGGCCUUGAACUCAAGAGAUCCACUGCCUGCCUCUGUCUUCAGAGUGCUGGUAUUAAAGGCAUGUGCCAUCACUACUGGUGGGCCAGGAUUUCUUUAAAGUGGCAAUAUAAACUUACGGGAGAGUGAUAGCUAAUCUUGGUUGUCAACUUGGCACACCUGGAAAUGAAGAAUCUCAAUUGAAGAAUUACCUCCAUAAGAUUAGCACGUGACUAUGUCCAGGGGCAUUUUCUUGAUUGCUAAUUGGUAUAGGAGUACUCAUCCAACUAUGGUGCCAUCUCUAGGCAAUUGAAGCUAAGCUAUGUAAGUUAGAUGAACACGCCAGAGAAAGCAAGUCAGUAAGCAACAUUCCUUUGUGGUUCCUGCUUCAGGCUCCUGGAAUGAGUCACUAUCCUGGCUUCCCUCAAAGAUGGGAACCUGUAAGUUAAACCCUUACCUUUGCAAGUUGCUUUUGGUCAUGAUUUAUCAUAGCAACAGAAAACAACUAGGAGAAUGUAAUUCUUUGUUGUGGGAAGCUUUUCUGUAGACUAUAAGUUAUUAGUAGUAUGUCUGAUCCCUACUUGAUAGAUGCUAAUACACACCCAACUUGUGACAACUAAAAAUAUCUAGAAUUUUCAAAGGACACUGGGUGGGCAAUAGUACCUCAAUUUGAGAAACCACUCAUGUAGAUUAUGUAUCUCCAGGAGUUGUCAAAGGAAGUAGAAGAUCUUUUUAAAAAAAUGUAGAAAGAAGUUUUUGUUUUUUUUUUUUUUUUUUUUUCUAUAUUCUUAUUCAGUUAAAGCAUAGAUUGUCUAUGUAGGUGCUGAAGAAAAUUCCAGAUAGUUCUGUCAACUUAAAAGUACCAUGAGGAUAUAGGAUUGCUGGGAGCAAUUGCAUGCUGGAUUGGCAGAAGCAAGCAAUCGAGCUUCCUGGAGGUGGCCCACUUGUGUUUUGCAUGGCUGAUGAAUGGAUGUAUCCAUGGUUUAGGCAAGGCCUCAAGGAUUUUGCCUCCAGACUGCUUAUUUUUGCUAUACUGCCUUUCUAUGCUUGUCUCCUAUUUCUGCCAUGGCAGAGACCCUCGCUGCUUAUUGCUUCACUCUGUUGGCCAUAUUUCCUGCAGAUUAUUUUGAAGAUGUACCUUCAUGACAUAGUGCUGCUUAGACAAAUGAUGAUGGCAUAACCCCUGAUGAUAAUAUUAAAGAAUUUCUGGCUUGAUUUAAGUAAUUUAAAAACCCUCCUGCAGUGUAACAAAAACGUCUAGGAGCUCUGUGAACCGCCAUGUGAAUUACACCAAGAAGGAAAACAAAAUUGAAACAAGUUAAUAAUCCAGGAGAUACAUUCAUUCUAGGCUUAAGUCCAACAAUAAGGCCCAGAUGUACACCAUAAUAAGAAAGAUUAUAUGAAUAUAGAAAAAAGAAUAAAUGGUUAGCUAUACAAAACAAGAUAGACACUUGUUUCUUAGAAAAACCGUGACAUAAAAACUUGCUUUGAACACAAUGUACAUUUGAAAUAAGAAAAAGAUAAAACUUCUACUUUGAACCCAUAAUGAGCAUAUAGAUAAAACUGCUGCUUUAAAUGUAUAAUAAACAAAAUAUCUAGUUCAAUAUUAGGAUCCACAGUCCUACUAUAACUCCCUUUUUAUGUAAUGAUUGUAUCUGUUUUGGAAUGAGGUAAUUUUUUCCAUACAUAGAGAACCUUUGUAUUAGAUUAUUAAAAACCCAAAAAGAAUUAAAGUUGUUGAGGCUACCCA